ACUGAGUCUAUAGUCUAUACCAAGGGUUGAAAAACCUUACCUGCAAUUCGACUAGAAAACUUACUAAACUGGUAUACACACUGUACACUAGAACCUGUUGGUUUCAAAGACCAAACCAAACUUUUAAGGACCCUUGCCGAAUUUGGUCAACUGUUAGCCUAAUAGUUCGGUUUCGGUUACAAGGAAAUGAUGCCUCACCGAAUAUCUGGCUAUCCAAACUGGACCGGUUUAGCACCUACAAUGUAAGUUAAGAGAUUCACAUACAUGACAAUCAGAUCACUGGAUCACAGAGAUGACGAACCAGUACAGCCUUCGAGACAAAAUAGUUUGUUCAGUGAAAUGAAAAGUGUUGCACAGAAGUCAAAAAAGUACUGCGUCAAGCACAAGUAUUUACUAACUGUACCAUCUUAUAGUCAUCAAGAGAUGGAGCAGGAUCAAAGAACAGUUAAACCACACAAUCAUUGGGACCCAUGACCAUGACUAGGAGAAAUCGUACCAGUAGCAGACUCUGGCACAUAGAAACCCAAAUCUAACUUAACACUUACUCUAAUAUUCAAACUGUCUAGCAAACCUCAAAUCAACAGCCAUGAACUCCCACUAGUUAAUCAGCAACUCACUGCAGCCAAUUUCAAAAUUUGUAAGUACGUCAGCCACUGAGUAUGAAAAACACUUGUAUAUCAUAACCCAAAGUGUAAUCUUGUAAAGACAGAAAGAAACCAUUAACCAUUUGCUUUGCUAAAGAAAUGGGAGAUAAUGAGCUCAAUCAUAAACCAAACGAACAGAUUGGGACACAAUUGCAGGCAUAGACACGAAUUGAACUCAAAAGACAACAUUUUUGCAUCACACUUCCAGUUCAAGGAAGGGUGCCCGUUUUCAUUUCUAGACAUAAGCUGUAUAAAACAGGUUGCAAUGAUGAAUCAGCUAUGCACCUUCCAUAACUCAAUGAACCCAAACUUGGGAGUCAACAGAAAGUCUCAGCAUGAAAUCUUAUUGUCCUUCCCACAACUGAAAAACUGAUAUACAUGGGAUCAGUCAAUAGGUAAUCAAUCAACUAUUUAAUCAAGACAGACACAGCCAUUCUGAAUUAAUCUCACAUUUGCGUUGCUGCAAAAGAAAACAACAGAUGUGUACUAAACUCCAUCCUGAACAAGUAUGACAUUUGAACACAUCCAGCUAUUGCAAUUCAGUAAUUUUUGCAUCCAUGAUUCAACCCCACAGAACAACAAGGAACAGAUACUAGUACAGAGACCAAGAACACUACCCCAAAGUUUCAAGGCCCUCUAGGCUCAGUUCCAUGCUGCCAGACGAAAACCAUCUGGUCCCAUCCAGUACUCGCAACCAGGCCUUCAACAAGCACAUUGAAGUCGACCCCAAUAGCAAAUUCAGAGUGAUGAUCGUACCUUCCAACCAGCGAAUCUUCCACCAUGAAAUCCCACAUACACACAGUCAUGUCGUAGGAGCAAGACAUCAUCAGGUUGCGAUGGUGCGGGGAGAAUUUCACCUUCCUGACCGCGAAUCCAUGGCCAUUCAAAGACGCGAUGGGCACCCUGUAAUUCCUCACAUCCCAAACCCUAAUGCUCUUGUCCACCGAGGAGGUAGCAAUCAAGCACUCGUCGUACUUGUUCCAAUCGCAGUACAGGAUCUCAGCCUCGUGGCCCGGGAUUAUCAUCGUGGAUCCCGGCUCGCGCACAUCCCAAACCCUCACCGUGCAGUCGCCGGAGGCAGAGGCGAAGACGUCGGCGUGCCUCGGGUUCCACGCCACCGAGUAGACGCAGUAGGCGUGUUCCUUGAAAGUACGGAUGCUGGCGGGGCGGUCGAGCGACCAGAGCUUGACGGUGUCGUCCCAGGAGGCGGUGACGAAGGAGUCGCGGCGCGUGGGGUUGUAGUCCACCCCGUGGACUUCGCGCGUGUGCUCCUGGAAGGAUCGGAGCGGGUUCUGCGGCGGCGGGAGGUUGGUGUCGAAGAGCUUGACGGAGCCGUCGGCGACGGCGGCGAUGAGAAGGGAGUCGUGGGAUUCGGACCAGGCGAGAUCGUAGACGCCGUCGGCCGUGUCGAAGGAGAUGAUCUCGGUGAGGGCUCCGGUAGGGGUUGGGGGAAGGGAGAAGACGUGGACGCGUCCGUUGCCGAUGAUACCGAAGUUCUGGGCGGUGGCGACGGCGAGGCGAUCCUCGUAGAAGGGGCUGAAUUUGACGGAGUAGCCGUUGAACGGCGUUUUGGAGACGUUCAUUGUAGGGAUUAGGAGACGGUGGCGAUUGGAAAAGAAGGAAGGAUUUGGGAGCACCUGUUCUUCCUCUUCUGACUUUUUAGCUCAGCCUCGCACAGGUAAUGGUUAUGGGAAAUUGGAAGUUAGCGUUUCUCG